AUGACCAUCACUCCAAAGACGGAGCUACCGUCUGAUGAAGAGCUGACGGUCAGCCAGGAAAUUACGCUCUCCACCCCAUGGUUGAAGGCUGUUGCUCCCUAUAUGGCAAAGAGCUGUGAGAAGACAAUUAAUGAAUACAUGCUCCGCCGUCGUGAGCUCGAAGAUCCGCGAGCCGUUCUGAAGGAGGGGCGUGCGGUGACGGACUGUGGCAUCCAAUUCUUGCUGGCCCUGAAAAAGGACUGCAAGACCGAGACCGACUCCCUUGGCCAGUGCAUUGACCAGUCAAGCGCCAAGUUGUACAUUAGCCACUGCCGUAAGGAACAGAAGGUGUUGGACGCGUGUGUGCAGAAAUAUUUGAACAUUGAGCGACCGGCCCUGGGAUACUUCAGCUCUCCGCACGUGCACGAAAGCAAGGCGGAAUUCGUACCACCAGUUCAACGGGACUACAGGGCUGAAGCGGCAAAGGUGCUAAACGAGCUCCCCUCCGACUACCACCUCCGAAAGGACUACAAAAAAUACAACGACUGGAAGGUCAACAUGUGGGAGAGC